AUGGCUCCCGUGGCACCAAGCCUCGCACAAAGCGAGCCAAAAUCCAAAUUCUUCAAUCGCAUUGGUCUUGAAGAGAGUAAUAAAACGCAUCGGCAUCUCUAUACACUCAUGAAAGUACGAGACUCCGGAUGGCUGCAUGCGUAUUUCCGCUGAUGACGAUGUAGGGAGAAGCAGCGGACGGAUGGACCCGGAUAACUCAAGAUCGAAACUCUCUCUUGCCACAGUUUCGCGAAGACCGAGCGAUAGGGUCUUCCUACUCAUUUGGCAUGAUUACAGAAGCCGCAGUCCAGCGAGAGAUUGUUCGCAUAUACCAGAAUGCCCGCCCAGACACAAAGAUUAUGUACGGGCUUGGCCAUGACACCGAGGGAGAUGUUGAGAGUAAUUGGAUAAUCCGGUGGCUUUUGUGGCAUGUGUUCCGUUACCGCGACGAAAGGAAUGCCGGUAUCUGUCCAAGGGUCGUGCCAUCGCUUUCGCCUACAGCAGGAAGUGAUGCAGAUAUUGCGCAGGCCAUCGGAAACUCGUCCGAUAUCACCACAUUUGAGUCAACGGUGGCAGCAGCUACGACUGCGUCGGAGGAGGUCUUGGAUAUCGCGAAUGCCAUUUCGCCGGCCGCACCAGGUGAUGCAAUUACGAACACGACAAGAUACUGGGACCCGGUUCGAGAGCGGUUCCGAAGCUGA